GUAUAUGUGGAGGGAGAUGACUAAAUUGAACGUGGAACCCUGCUACAGUGGAUACGCUGGAGAGUGAUAGCCCUGAAGUGCUUUGAAGAUGUUCCAGAGCCUGGAUGCAGUGACUUAUGAUGAUGUGCAUGUGAACUUCACUGCAGAAGAGUGGAAUUUGCUGGAUCAUUUCCAGAAGAAACUCUAUAAAGAUGUGAUGCUGGAGACCUACCGGAACCUCACUGAUAUAGGUUACAGUUGGGAAGAUGAUCAUAUUGAAGAACAACAUCAAAGUCCUAGAAGGCAUGAAAGGCAUGAAAGAAGUCAUACUGGAGAGAAACCACAUGAAUGUAACCAAUGUGGGAAUUAUAGUUACAUGAUUGGAUGAAUCUCAAAAGAGACUUUGAACUUUGUAGGGUGAUGGACUGUGAGAAGCAGCUGAGUGCUUGGUUGAGACCAAGCUUGGAACUAGGACC